CUCCUCCUCCCGGCGCUGGCGCCCGGUCCUGCCGGGCCCUGGCGGGGGAGGGAGGGGAGGAGGGCGGGCAGGCGGCGGCACCGCCACCAGCCGGAGGCCGCUCGGCAGAGGCGGGCAGCGCCGUGCCCCCCGCUCCUCUCCUUCCCCCGCCGCGAUGCCUCGGCAGCCCGGCUGCGAGCGCUGGCUCCUCAUCGCCGCUUGCGCCCACGUCUUCGUCCUCCUCCCGCUGCCCCGUACCCGCGCUUUUGCUGUAAGUGUAGUUCUUGAAGAUGCAGAAGAUACGACUGAACUACCAGUGCUGCAGAAGUCUGAAAAAAGUGGAACAGUGAGUAAAAGAAGCAGAGAAUUAAAAGAAAUUGUAUUUAUCAUCCAGAGUCAAAGUAAUUCAUUUCAUUCCAAGAGAGCAGAAGAUCUAAAAAGAGAUAUUUUGAAACAGGCUGCAGAUCUUGGGAAGGAAUUACCUAUAGUCCUGCUUAUUCAUCAGAUGGACAGGCAUGAAGGUGCAUGGACCAUAUUGCCAUUAAUGAGAGACUUCUCUGUUGCCUAUGGUAGGAAUUCCUCAUGGAUUUUCUUCUGUGAAGAAGAUACGAGAAUACAAGUUGUAAAGCUGCUAGAAACUCUUGGAAGAUUUGACUCUUCUAAGGAGUGGUUUUUAGGUAAAGCAUUAUAUGAUGAAGAAUCUACAAUAAUUCACCACUAUGCCUUUGCUGAAAAUCCAACAGUCUUUAAAUUUCCAGAUUUUGCUGCUGGAUGGGCACUUAGCAUUCCACUUGUUAACAAGCUUGCAAUCAAGUUGAAAAGCGAACCACUCAAGUCAGACUUUACUAUAGAUCUAAAACAUGAGAUUGCCCUGUAUAUUUGGCAGAAAGGGGAUGGACCCCAUCUUACACCAGUGCCUGAGUUCUGCACAGAUGAUGGGAACUCGUAUAAGGUUGAUCAGUGUGCUACAACAUUCAGUAAUUUUCUGCCACUUUGUAAAGAGCCAGUGAAAAAGGAAGAUGUCUUUGUUGCUGUAAAAACAUGUUGGAAAUUUCAUGGAGACAGAAUACCAGUUGUAAAGCAGACUUGGGAAAGAGAAGCUGCGCUUAUUGAAUACUACAGCGAUUAUGCAGACACCUCCAUUCCUACUAUAGAUUUAGGCGUGCCUAAUACUGAAAGAGGUCACUGUGGGAAAACUUUUGCCAUUUUGGAAAGGUUUUUGAAUCAUAGCUCUUCCAGAACUCCUUGGUUAGUCAUAGUGGAUGAUGACACACUGAUAAGUAUAUUCAGGCUCCGAAAAUUGCUCAGCUGCUAUGACCCAAAUGAACCAGUAUUUCUUGGAGAGCGUUAUGGUUAUGGCUUGGGAACAGGAGGAUAUAGUUACAUCACUGGAGGAGGAGGGAUGGUUUUCAGCAGAACAGCCGUUCAGAAACUACUUGCUAGCAAAUGCCGGUGUUACAGCAUGGAUGCUCCUGAUGAUAUGGUUCUUGGGAUGUGUUUCAGUGGCUUAGGAAUCCCUAUAACACAUAGUCCACUCUUCCAUCAGGCACGGCCAAUGGACUACCCAAAAGACUACCUUUCUCACCAGAUUCCAGUAUCAUUUCACAAGCAUUGGAAUAUUGAUCCAGUGAAGGUAUAUUUUACGUGGCUGGCACCAAAUGCAGAAGAGGUACUCAAUGGAAAGAAAGUUGGUUACAUCAGGGAGGAUUUAUAAGCAGUAGGUUGUUGAUGAAUGUACUGCAGAUGAGAGGCUGACACUACUGUGAUUUCUGUGCUGUUCUUACAUUGAUCAUCUGUUUGUAAUAUAGAUGUUGUUGUUUUGUUCCUGGUUGUUACAUUCCUUCAGAGCGAUGGAAGAAGGCAUGUAAUUGACAUUUGGAUUCUUUUGUUAGUUUGGUUUCUCUUUUAGGGCUUUAUAUACCAAUGAACUUGCCACACGUUUAAAAUGUCUCCUACAACUUUAUCUGUGUUCUGUUUUGGACUUUGAGUCAGCAUCAGUUCACAUUUCCUUCCUUUGUUCUUGCAAAAACUGAAGUUCUUUAUUUGGGAGCCUGAUACCAAACAUCUGUUAAACAUCUAUUGAACUUUGUGUCUGCUUGACCUGCAGAAAACAGUUCUCUAAACCAUUCUGGAACAGGUUCCUGAUAGAGAGGAGACAUGACUUUGUUUCUGUGACCAGGAGCUGGAUUGUGUGAAGGCCAUGUUCCUUCAUGCUCCUUUCAAACAGAAAUAUUUUAGUUCCCUUGGAUAGGUGGAUCAAGCGUGAACUACUGUUUUGCCUUUAAGUUGAUUAGCAUUUCUGAGGAAUGUCAUGUUCAAAAUUCACGAAAAGGUUAAGGACUGGGAUUUCUUAAGUGGCCACGGGAGGUCACUGUGGCUCCUUUAGAAACCUAAAUCGCUGUGUAUCUAUUUGGCAAGUAUAAAUGUGACUCUUAAGGAUUUUCGACGAACUAACACUUCAGUAUUUCUGACGUGUGCAUUGCAGUAGUAUAUGGAUGCCAGCUUUAAAAAGUUCGUAGGAUUUCUAAUUUAUAUCACAAAGAUAAGUAAUUUUAUGCUUCAAACAUGUAAAAAGUGAUUCAUAUUUAAAUGUUCUUGAUUUUUUUUCUUUGAGCAAUUCAGUUUUGUAAAGAUGUUUGUACAAAAACCAGCAUUAGUAUGUUCUGAACUAAUUUUUAUACUGUAAAACUGUUACUUCAAGAGAACAGACUAUGGCAAUUGUAUGCUGUUAUUUAACUUCGCUUGCUAUAUCGUAACCAAAUACAGGGUCUUAAAGCCAUACUGCUGAAUUCAUUUGUGGGUCUGUUUCUGGAUUUAUUUUAUUUUUUGGUAGGUUAGAAACUGAUUCCAUUCAGAGUGAUGCAAUACUUGUUCUUAUGCCUAAACAGGGGAGCCACUGAUUCCUGUUUCAGUAAUUACUGAAGUUGUAUAAACACUUGUUUGUGAAUGUAGCUUGUGGAAUUAGAAGCAUUUGAAUAGCAAGCACAUAUUCAUAAUAGAUUCAAGUACUGAUUAAAUAGGAGCAAUCCAUGUUAUGUAUUUUUUUUCCUUCCCACUAUCAGUGCCUUAAACAGUAGACAUUUUACUGAUACCAGGAGUAUGCUGUCUGGUACCAUGGAUGUAUCGUUAAUUAUGUUUACUGUUUAGAACUGUGAGAGCUGAAUAAAAGCAUUCUUAUUUAA